AUGUCAGCCGCGCUGCUGUACAUCGCAGAGCGGGCACUCGCGACAGGCACAGAUCCGCGGCCGCCAAAUUGGUACGUCGAUCCACCGCGCGUGCUGCCGCAGUCGCUCGCGGCGUUGAUCGUCGCCCGGCGGAAUCUGGUGGAUCUUGCGACGGUGUGCUCGACAAUACUGAUCGUGCACGUCACGGCGUCGUGGAUGACGGAGCGGCGGCAUCGAAGGCGGGCGGGCGCGAAGGUGCCUGAGGGGGAGGUGAGCUCCGUGCCGCGGAAGGAGGGUUGGAGGACGUACUUGUAUGGGCUGUUUGCGGUGAGCGUGAGCAUGUGGGUGCUUUGUGUGAGGAUCGCGCUCGCGGAGAUGAGGCUGGGGAUAUGGCAGAAUGUGAAUUACUACGAGAUCGUCGCGCUGUCGAUGUUCUUCCAGUUCUCGCUUUACAUUUCGAUCCGGAUGGCGCACCAUGGGUUCACGCUCGGCGAGCUCGCGAUCGUGUGCUUUGGCGGGACGGUGCUCUUUAUGGAGGGCGUCAAUUUGACCAUCGCGAGGAUAUGGCCGAUCACAACUCCUUUUGUCAAGACGUAUCGCUUCCCGACGCCGCUGCUGAUCUACCAGCUGGCGCUGAUUCCAGGCUCGCUCCUCAUCGGGUUCCUGCUGUCACCACUGCUAUACCUCUCGCGGCGGCUCGCACAGCAGCCCGUGAGGCGUCUACGCUUCCCCGCGGCAAAGGCGCGCGACCGGCGGCUGCUCGCGCUGGGCGAUACGACGGAGUCGUACCUGCCGAACUUUGCGGGAAUCCCGAACCUGCCGAACUUGAGCAAUCUGCCGAAUAUACCGAAUGGGGCGCAGAUGGCGAACGAGUGGCUGGAGGGCGUGCCGACGUUGGGGAUGAAUGCACGGAGAAAGUUCUUCCAUGCGCUUGCGGUGGUGAUGUUCGUGCCUGGUGUGGCGGUGGAUCCGGCGUUUCUGCACCUGGCGUUCAGCGGCGCGUUUGCGCUGUUCGUGUUUGCGGAGUACGUGCGGUACUUUGCGCUGUACCCGUUGGGAGCGGCGGUGCACGUGUUUAUGAACGCGUUUCUGGACCAGAAGGAUGCUGGGACGGCGAUUUUGAGCCAUUUUUAUUUGUUGAUUGGGUGUGCGGGGUGUGUUUGGUUUGAGGGACCCUCUAGAUUGCUGCUAUACACAGGCACGCUGGUACUAGGCGUCGGCGAUGCAAUGGCGUCGAUUGUCGGGAAGCGGUUCGGGCGGCACCGGUGGGUGGCCACGAGCGGGAAGACGGUGGAGGGCAGUGUGGCCCUGGUGGCAAGCGUGGUGUUGAGCGCGUGGCUGCUGCGUGUGUGCGGAUGUGCAGAGCGGUUCUCGGUGUGGCGGUAUACGGUGGUGUUGAUGCUGGGGGCGCUGCUGGAGGGGUUCAGCGUGCAAAACGACAAUGUGGUGCUGCCGCUGUAUGUGUGGACGCUGCUGGUGUUCGCGGAGGUGUAA